UCCAUUCUCUACCUAUACUUUCUUUUGAAGAACGUUCAUCAUUAUUUUCUAACACGUCCGUAAGAUCGGUGCCCAACUCUGUUGGCUUCGAUCUCCUUACAGCGCAUGUCAGCUGCGCGAUUUCACAUAUUUUCUUAUACACAUUUCCUCGCGGGAAAACUCGCGAAAAGCCGUGGACAUAACACAUUUGUUGCGGUGUUUUAAAACAUUUAAAUGCACGCGAAGUUUAGUGACGCCUUGAGAAGUGCUUCAACUACUCAAGGAUAAUAUUCAAUCAAAAUGAAUACUUCAACUUACAAUAAGAAAUAUUACUAUGUAAUAUUAACAUUCAUCAUAUUUAGUAAUUGUAAUCAAGUGAAAAGUGUCAGUGAUAAUCAACAAUUUUUGGAUACAAAUUUUGCACAUCUUCCAAAAUGUUGUGCUUUACACUCAGCAUUAGAAGUAACUUCAGAAACGACAUUUUGUUCUCAGGACAAUUUACAGUUGACACAUUUUGAAAUAUCUGCAAGACAUAUAAUAUCAAAUGAAAGUGAUUUCGCAAACAAUUGCAAAAACGUUGACUGUGUCGAUUUUAUUAAUCACAGUGGAAAUUGGAGUUUAGUUCGCAUGCAAAAUUGCACUAUCGCAGAAACUUAUAAAAAUUAUAUUUAUUUUCCAAAGUGUUGUCCCAAUGAUUAUGUGUAUGAUCGCUUAAAUCAUACUUGUGUGAAAAUAAGUGAUAAAGUCUACACAUUUGAGGAUAAUUUACAAGUGUUUAAUAUAAGCUUGGCUCACUGUUCAAAACUUGCAAUAGUGGACUUUGAUGAAAAAUUUAUUAUUAACGAAAGUGACAGAAGUGUUACUGUUGGUGAACAUUCAAUAAAUUAUAAAUCAUAUUGUAUUGAUAAAAGUGCAUCUGAUGAUAAAAGGGUGUUAAGAGCAUGUUUACCAAACGAAGUUGUGUGUAAUACAAUGAAAAAACGAUGUUUGAAAAAAUGUUGUCCAGAUGGAGAAACAUAUGCAAAACGUAAUGGAAGAGGUUCCUGUUUACCAUUCUAUACAGCACCAUUCAACGUGUCGAAAAAUACCAGAUUUAGGCCAUCGGAUACUGAUUAUGGUAUUAUUUUUGCGUCGCCUGGCAACAAAUACAUGGCAAGAAAUGAACAUGAGUUCUUCAUUGAUGAAGUUGGUUAUUUUCACACUUUGAAAAACGGCGAUUGGAUAAUUUUAAAUCCAACAAACGCAUAUUAUUGCACAGAUCAUUUUCUUAGCCCAAAACAUGAGCUAGAACCGCUGAUAUUUCUGUUGUUUUCCGAAAACAAUAUUAAAAUGUAUCAACACUUAAAGUACUUUAUCCAAGGAGGUAUUUUAGGAGUUUCCUCAAUAUUUAUGUUUAUCACAAUGUUGUGUUACAUUUUCGUGCCCGUAUUACAAAAUGUUCAUGGUAGAUGCAUUUUAAUGUAUUGCAUCUUCAUGUGGCUAGGAUGUGCAGCAUUGUGUUCUGUUCAGAUGGGACGUCAUGAUAAUUACAAAAUCUGCGUUUCUCUAGGUUUCUUUAUAACGUUUACGUUUCUUGGUGCAUUCGCAUGGAUGAAUGUCGUUUGCUUUGACAUGUGGAUCGCCUUUGGAACAGUGAAAACUGCAAAUAUGCAAAGAAACAAAACAGAUCUUAAAAAGUUUAUCUAUUAUAAUAUAUACGCUUGGGGAGUGCCGAUUAUAGUAUGUGGAUUUGCUUUGUUGGCAUUUUUUACUGAAUUUCUCCCGGAUCCAUUUAUUCCACACAUUGGAAUAUUAUCAUGUUAUUUUGAGAAACGAGAUGGAACAUAUGAUUACAUACUUUUUUUUCUCUUCCCAAUUGCUGUGAUGCUGUUGGUAAAUGUCGUUCUUUUUAUCAAAACGUCAUUGUACUGCUACAACGUAAAGAACGAAAUACAACGCAUGCAAAUGGCACCGGAAAAUAAUAACGCAAAACGUGCCAAACGAAAGAGAUUUCUUGACGACAAAGAAACUUUUGGUAUGUUACUGAAAAUAUUUAUCGUGAUGGGUAUGCCAUGGACAUUCGAGUUUGUUUCUUCUGUAAUUUCGUUUCACGAUACUUCUGUGACACUAAUUAUAGAAGCUAUUGGGGAUUAUAUUAACUCCACACAAGGAAUCAUUAUAUUCUGCAUUUUAAUUUUGAAGAAACGAGUUUAUCUUUCAAUUAAAGGACGUUUAGGAAUUGGGCCAAUGCCAUCAUUUACACAAAACAGCACAAGCACGACAAAUACUUCGAGGAAUAGAAGUGCCAAAGCAAUGAGACAAAUUUCAGUAAACUCCUCGCACAUCAAGAUGCCUAUCUUAUCUUUCUACAAUUUCGUGUACUUAUUAGUGUAUCUCACAGUGUACUCAGUGUGCAAGUCGAAUGCAACAACGCAGCCCAUCUCGAACUUCAAAGAUAACGCACUGAUUCAUUCAUCAAAGUGUUGCGGCAUAGAUGAACAUCUUAUAUUAUUUAAUAACACCGUUAAAUGUUCAAAACAAGCCGAUAAUUAUAAUCGUUUCAAGAUUGUCUUCGCUACCAUAUCUAAUUAUUCGAAAAAUGGAGAUUGCGAAGAGGAUUGCAUUGAUUUCUUGGAAGAAAAUGGCAAGUUUCAAUUGUAUAGAUUAUUUGGAGCAAUGUGCAACCUUGAAGCCAUUCAAAAGUACAAUUAUUUUCCAAAAUGCUGUCCGCCAGAUUUUACAUAUGAUAAAUCAACGCACAAAUGCGUUCAUGGAAAUUCACUUCCGGCAUUUGGCGAUUAUCUACAAGUGAUGAAAAUUGGAUUGUCUGAAUGUCCGGUUCAUGAUUACGCUGUGGCUGAUUUCGAGGGAAGCUUUGACAUCGACAAUGAUAAGAAAAGUAUUCGAAUGAAGAGCGGCGAAAGUUUUAAUUACGGCGAGUUUUGCAUUGAUCUUAAACAUGAUAUGGAGAAAUAUUUGGUGCGAGCUUGUUUGAAAAGCGAUGUUAUUUGCGGCGUUGAUAAACGGCGUUGUUUGUGGAAAUGUUGUCCCGAUGGAGAGAUCUACAUUCAACAACAGAAUAAAUCUAAAAAGUGCUAUCCUAGUCUAAAAUCUGAAAUUAAUUUAAAUGCAAUUUCCGAAAACGUAUUUGGAAAUAAUGAAGAUAAUAAUAAUUUUGCCAUAAUUUCAUCUAACUUAAAAUUGGGUUACAAACUAUAUAAACAUAAACCAACCAUGAAUUUUAAAGUGGAUUCUAAUGGAGAUAUUGAAAUGGAGAUAGACCACGAAAUGCGAUAUUUUGAUUCUACGUCAAUGGUUUAUUGUAUUGAACAAUUUCAAAACAAUAUUUCAACGACACAAGUUUUGUAUUUAUUUCAUUUUGGACCUACAGAUAACACCGAAAUAUUUAAAAGCAUCAUUUUAUUUACUUCAGCCUUGUUUUCUAUUCUUACAUUUUUAUGCUAUGCUAUUUUACCAGAAAUGCAAAAUCUUCAUGGAAAAUGCAUUAUGAUGGAAUGCUUGUUUCUCUUAUUGGGAUCCGCCAUUUUAUGUUACACUAAAGUUUUUCCUAUAAGUCAAUCCGCAUGCUGUACAGCUUUAGGGUAUGGAACAAUUUUCGCAUUCCUCGGACUUUUUGCUUGGUUAAACAUCAUUUGCGUCGAUAUGUGGAUGACAUUUGGUGUUUUAAGGGGAUUCAAAGUCAAAAAUCGUAAAUCAGAAUUGAAGAAGUUUAUUUUCUACAGUUGCUAUGGUUUUGGGGUGCCAACGGCGUUUGUAAGCUUCAUGAUUUUGGCCCAACAAACUGAUAUGUUACCAGAGGUUAUUACACCCAAGAUUGGAAAACUAAAAUGCUAUUUUGAUAGUGAUUCAAAUGUUGAUUACAUGAUCUACUUUUUAAUACCAAUGGCAGUAAUGCUCGCAAUUAAUGUUGUUUUAUUCGUGAAAACAAUACUUUACUGUAUUAAAGUGAAAAAUGAAAUUCAGCGAAUGCGUGAUGACAGCUCCAAGGAGCGAAGCAAAAGAAAGAACACGCUAAAGGAAGACAAAGAAAAAAUGAUUAUGCUCCUAAAAUUAUUUUUGAUCAUGGGAAUUCUCUGGAUAUUUGAAACAAUUUCAUCAUUUAUAUCAUUUAAGAAAUUGCAUUUAAGUUUGCUUGAGACUUUUAUUGACACAAUUAAUUGUGCAAAAGGCAUUAUAAUUUUCUGUAUAUUCAUUUUGAAGAGAAACGUAUUGAAUUUGUUGGCAAAAAAAUUUGGAAUGAAGACAACACCAAGGCGAUCAUCUGAAAUGACCAGUCUAACUUUAACCACAAAUACGCACUGAUUCACUGUGUUUAAUUUACUCGGUCAAAGAUUAUUUUUAAACCUUAAAUUCUUGGUUAAUGUUUAAUGUAUAAUAACCGAGAACAUGUCAAUGUGUUUUGUAAUAAUACGUACUCAUAUGUUAUAGCUUUAAAUGGUUUAGAAAAUCAGUCAAAAAUUUGACUUUUGUUAGAAUAAAUAGCUUUAGAAUAGGUUAGAGUGUGAAGAUAUUCUUUCUGCUUUUCUCAAUUUAGUUGCAUUUUUCAACUAGCAACAAACGCGAAAAACGUGUUAAAUACCACAAAAUAUCGUAUUUAUAAAUAUAAAUAUUAUAUUACUGGAAA